AUGAAGAUUUUCAUUCUCUUUAGUAUUACCUUUGCAUGUGGAUUUUUAAAAAUUGUUUCUAAUGCUAAUCCUCUACCAUAUGAAGCCAUCUUUAACUUUGGUGACUCUACAAGUGACACCGGAAACGCUGCUUUUGGCAGAGAACCUAUGGAUAAAAAAAGUCCUUAUGGUUCAACGUAUUUCAAACAUCCAGCGGGACGCAUGUCAGAUGGACGACUCAUCAUAGAUUUCAUAGCUGAGGCAUACGGGUUGCCAUUUUUGCCGGCCUCUUUAAAUGUCACCAAAAGCCAAGGUGAUACAAAGAGGGGAGUUAAUUUUGCUUAUGGAGGUUCUACUGCUCUUGAUAGCAAAUAUUAUUUUGAUCGUAGUGGAUUGGAUAAACCCACGACAAAUAACUCGUUGAGUGUGCAAUUUGACUGGUUUAAAAAUCAAAAACCCUUAUUGUGUAAAAGCAAAGAAGAGUGUGAUAGCUUCUUCAAACGAUCAUUAUUUAUAGUGGGAGAAAUUGGUGGAAAUGAUGUUUUUUUACAUAUUUCUAAAACUAUUACAGAACUGCGAGAAAUUGUUCCCUUGAUUGUUGAAUCAAUUACGAAGACCACCAAUGCAUUAAUUGAAGAAGGAGCGGUUGAGCUAGUGGUUCCAGGUAACUUUCCAAUGGGAUGUAAUGUUGACAUAUUGACAAAAAAGAUUAGCCAAAAGAAAGAGGAUUAUGAUGAAUUUGGAUGUUUAAUAGCUUACAACUCUUUCAUCGAAUACUUUAAUGAGCAACUAAAAAAAUCCAUAGAGACAUUACGGCAGAAACAUCCUCAAGCUAAGAUAAUAUAUUUUGACUACUACAACGAUGCCAAACGUUUAUAUGAAGCACCACAACAAUAUGGCUUUACUUCUGAUAAGGUCGAGGUUUUGAAAGCAUGUUGUGGAGGAAUUGGACCAUACCACCGUGACGCUAAUUGGUGUGGAAUGCCUGGUACAACAGUUUGCUCUGAUCCUUCAAAACUAAUAAAUUUUGAUGGACCUCACUUAACCGAAGCAGCAUAUAAGCAAAUAGCCAAAGGUUUAAUUGAAGGUUCUUUUGCAAAUCCAUCCCUAAAACCUGCUGCUUUCAAGAUAGUCUAG